GAGACGGGGAAGGAGAAAGGAGAUUCGUGUUACGAUGUUGAAAUACGUUGGUGUUUGGAUGAUGACAUUGUAUGUAGUACGACUUAAUGGAAAGUCUUCAAAUCUUGCUUUUCAAAAACCUGCCACCAUGAGUACAGUGUUCGACGCUAAAUCCAGCCCAUCAUUUGCCGUGGAUGGUAACAACGGCACCAACUGGUACUCUGACUUCUGUACAACAUCGACACAUGACGACAUGGAACCCUGGUGGAUGGUGGACCUGCAUGGCUACUUCCACAUCCAUGACGUCAUCAUCACGAACAGGGGAGACGCAUAUUGGCAGCGUCUACACAGCUUCACCAUUGACGUGUUUAUGGAGAACCCAAUAGCCUGUGCACCCGCCACACCAGUCCAGUGUUACAACCGCACCGACCCACUGGGGCGUGGUGAGACUGUACAGUUUAAAUGUCGCUCUCCCAUGAAGGGUCGAUUCGUUCGUAUUAAGAAGUGGAGAAUGGCGAACAAUAGAGACACACUGAUACUUUGUGAAGUUCAAGUUUUUACCACAAGGGCGACAGGUUGUACUUCCUUUCGACCUUUCCAUCGAAGACUAGGGAAGCGACUCGACUCAGCAAAUAUCGUCAUAUCCGGUGCUUCUGACGUCACGAUUUGCACGAGCAGAUGCCAGAACAGCGAUUGUUUGGCGUUCAACUACAACCAGAACAGUCAGCAGUGUCAGCUUAUUUCAGCUCCGACGUUUGAGGAUUCAAGAACGAUGACGUCAUCGUGGGAUUACUAUGGAAUGGAUCUUUGUUGAUCUGUUUAACAACUCAAGACUUUCUUUUUUCUUCUUCUUUCUUUUUUAAACUGACCUGAGUCUGCAGCCAUUGUAGGAUGUUACAUAUUAAAUACAUGUUAUUGUUUAGAAUAUUAGUGUCCGUAUAUCUAGUGCAUCAAUG